AUGACUUCAAAACAUCCCUUGAGACGAUCGUGUGCUUUUUGUCGGGCGAGGAAGAUCAAGUGUUCCAACGAAACAAUCUGCGAGGCUUGUCGUAAGCAAGGCGUCGACUGCAUCUACGACUUUGAAUCUCCACGAGCCAAAGGACGGAAUCUCAGCUUCGACGGCUCCAAAAGCAACAAUCUACUACAGGUACGAAGUGAUCAUGACUUGCCCGAAAGCAAGAGGAGAAGAUCGUGCUCCGCCAACUCUGCUUCUUCCAUGUCCCCCAGAAGAGCACACGAAGAUCUCGUGCCGCUGGGGGAUGGCGUCGAAAGCCUUGCCGCCUCCCUUGAGCAGGUGUUUCAGGACAGGUUUUCCCAAAUGGUUUUCGGAGAAGCAAGCCGUGUUGACUUACAGGCAACUCGUAACAAAUCUCGAUGCAUUGGACUCCUUCCCCUGGUAGCUUGCGACCUUGUCGGUUCUGUUGGCCAGGGAUAUAGCAUCUUGGGAGCCUGCCAGCCUGAUGAUUCCAACAGUCAAUUAAUCCGUUCUGGUUUAUCCAACGACAAAACUUCCAGCAUGUUCGACAACAAUGCCUCAUAUUGCAGCAGUCCCAUCUCCACCUUUAGCCAUCGACAGAGGAACCAGCUGAUAGAUGUCUGGUACUCGGCACAUCCUUUGACCUUUCUUAUCUCCAAGACACUACUCCUCCGAGAAAUGCGCGAAGAUACAUGCGACGAGAUCCUCAUAGCUGUUAUGCUAGCGGAUGCUAGUUUUGUCAUCGGGGAGGCUCCUAUGGUAACUCGUGGGCACGAACUCUUACAGUGGGCGAAGGCCCAGUUGCAGAUGCGACCUAAUCACGCUUUGGAAGAAAACGACGCUGUAUACUCGGGAGUGCCAACGAGAGUGUAUAAAGGUGUGACGACUGCACAGACACUGGUGUUACUGGCCUGGAACGCUCUCUCGACGAACGAAUUCCGCCGAGCCGUCUGCUAUAUACAAGUCGCCAGUAAGAUGGUGACCCAAAUCAAGGAUUGCAUGUCGAAAGAUGUCUCUCCACCUAGCUCCAGUCGCAUCAACGGGGUGGAUGUGCUCGAUGUUGAGAAAGAGGUUGUCUCCAAUCUGUGGUGGACUACCUUUUCACUCAACCUUUGGAUGUCCAUCCAGGCAGGCGUUUCACCCGAUGCCAGUCUGUCAAACUUUACACAUGAUUCUCUCCCAGCAACAGAAAACUCGUCUGUCUCUAUUCAGCUCGACCUUGUUUCCGAGAACUUCAACACAUUGCAGAAGCAGAAGCGCAACAUUCGAGAGAUGCGGCCCCUUGCCCAUAUUGUCAAUACGGUUGCCUAUCUUUUCUCGCAGUCAGAUCAAAUUGCAUCCAAGCAUGGUUUGAAUGCCUGCAGAGAAGCCAUGCGCGAAGUCGAGAGCUCAAAUACAAAACGUUCCAAUCAAGGUGACCAACCAGAUGAAUCACGACACUUGAUCGUUGCAUUCCACCAGACAAUGAUCAUCCAACUCCUCUUCCCCAAGAACGGGCCAUUCUAUGACCAAGUUAUCAUCCCAACAGAUACUUUGCAUCAAUUUUGCUCGUCGCUGGAACAUAUCAUCCGAUCCCUUUCGCCUACUAGCGGGCAGCUCGAUCAUCACGCAACCCCUGCUUCCUCCAUUCAAGAACCUCUUUCCAAAUCUCUUUGCAACCUCUUGGAUGCUUGUUCCAGAGCUUUCAGUCUCGUUAGCGAGAAUCUAGGGCUCGGCCUCGACCCCAGCUACUUCCGUCCUGAUUGGGACAGCCGACUGUGUUCUUUAGCAAGCUCUUUAUACUCAAUCAGUAAAACCAGCAGCUUCUACCAGACUACGUCUUUGCGAAACGUGAGGAAGCAACUGAAAGCUUGUAUCCGAGCUUUUAGUGGUCAAGACUCCUCAAAUGCAUUGGGGUUGCUGGACCCGAGAAUGAAUAAUAUUCGAUCCUUGUCCCAUUCCCCUCGCAAUGAAGCACCGAAUACUUUUAUUGUUACAGACGACUCUUCGACCGAUAUCCCUUCACCCUUCCGCUAUGCAGAAGGUGAUCCGAGACUAUCCUCAUCCAUGCCGUCCUCAUCAGCAUCGUCGACCAGUGUCUCCACCCAAUCAUUCACCCCCUUUGAGGAAAUGACCGAGUGGAAUGUCGGAGAGAACUACUCUCCAGGUGUUAUGAACACAGAACGUGUGGUACUCACAGCCGACCCAUAUGUUGAACUUUCAGGCUGCUGGUCCAGCCUCCAUGCAGAACAACCAAUGGGUAUGGCCAAGCACAAGGGCUGA